ACUAGAAGCACUAGCUCUACUAGCCCUACCAUUUUAAUUCGACUUAAUACUUCUUCCGAGUUGGUCUCAUCUCAUGUCAGAAGAAAACUAAAAGCUUUUUUCGUGCACAACCUUUGUAGGUCCCGCAUCCUGUGCGUGCAGUCUUCCCUUGCCUAGGCACUAGGAUCUUGUUCUUGCACUUCAGAGUUUGCGCCGGACAGCUUCUCUAAUGCACCACUUCCAACAUGAAGGACUACGCGAAGAUCAUCAAUGAUCGCGUUGCGAGGAGCUUCGUCGGUCGCCGCUUCCGCCUCGAGGGCUCGGGACAUCGCUAUGAGAGGAAGAACUCGCGCUUCCUGACGGAGAUCAGAGCCGGCCUGGCGACCUUCUUCGCCAUGGCCUACAUCAUCUCGGUCAAUUCCACCAUCCUCACCGAUAGCGGCGGCCCCUGCGAGUGCCCCGCAGGCAUGACGAGUUGCGACGACGACCCAGGCUACCAGUCCUGUCUUGCGAUCAUCCACCGCGACUUCGUCACCGGCACCGCUGCCAUUGCCGCCCUCACCUCCGUCAUGAUGGGACUCUGCGCGAACAUGCCGAUUGCCCUGGCGCCUGGAAUGGGGUUGAACGCCUACUUCACAUAUACAGUCGUCGGCUUCCACGGAUCGGGACCUGUCUCAUAUAACCUCGCGCUUACUGCAGUUUUCGUGGAGGGAUUGGUGUUUGUGGGACUCUCGCUGCUGGGACUGCGCCAAUGGCUCGCGAGAUCUAUCCCAGGCUCCAUCAAGCUGGCCUCGUCUGUCGGCAUUGGACUUUACUUGACUAUUAUCGGCCUGGGCUACAGCGCCGGAAUCGGCCUCAUCACUGGAGCGAAGAACACCCCCGUUGAGCUUGCUGGUUGCGUUGCAUCCGCAAUGGUGGAUGGCACAUGCCCGAACUCUACGAAGAUGCGCUCUCCCACCAUGUGGAUCGGGAUCUUCUGCGGUGGCAUGCUUACUGCCCUCUUGCUUAUGUACAGAGUUAAGGGCGCGAUUAUUGCUGGUAUCGCUUUGGUGGCGAUCACCUCCUGGCCGCGCAACUCAGCUGUCACGUACUUCCCCCACACGCCUGCCGGAGAUGAGAUGUUCGACUUCUUCAAACAAGUGGUCACCUUCCAUCCCAUUGAGAAAACGCUUAAUGUCCUGCACUGGAACUUGAGUGGCGCAAGUGGGCAGUUUGGCCUUGCAUUCAUCACUUUCCUCUAUGUUGAUAUUAUGGAUUGUACCGGAACGCUCUACUCCAUGGCCCAUCUUGCCGGUGCGAUCGACCCUGUCACCCAGGAUUUUGAAGGCUCUGCAGUAGCUUAUAUGGUCGAUGCCUUCGGUAUCACAAUUGGCUCCCUCUUCGGCCUUUCCCCCGUAACCGCCUUCAUCGAAUCCGGUGCCGGCAUCUCCGAAGGUGGCAAGACCGGUAUCACGGCCAUCACCUCAGGCCUCUGCUUCUUCAUCUCCAUCUUCUUCGCCCCGAUCUUUGCUUCCAUCCCGCCCUGGGCCACUGGCUGCACCCUCGUCAUCGUCGGCUCCAUGAUGUGCAAGGCCGCUGCCGUAAUUAACUGGCGCUACCUCGGCGACGCCAUCCCGGCGUUCGUCACCCUCGCCGUCAUACCCUUCACCUACUCCAUUGCCUACGGCCUCAUCGGCGGCAUCGUCACCUACGCCAUCAUCAACACUGCCGUCUGGAUCAUCGACAAGGCCUCGGGCGGCCGCUGGGUCCCACCCGGAAAGAUGCACAAGGAGCCUUGGACGUACAAGCCCGUCGGAGGCGUUCUGCCACCGUGGGUCGUGCGCGCAGCGCGCGGAAAACGUGAUUUCUGGCACGAGGACGAUGAGGUGGUUGAGAUGACUACUGUGCGCAGCACCGACAACAGCUCUGCGGGGAAAGGCGAGACUGUCCUCGAUGCCUUGACGCCCGACGCAGGUGACCGACAAGGGCGAGGCAUAUAGAGAUGCCCAGGCGAAUAUACAUGGACAUGCGUUGUAGUCUACUCUCUUUUGUUCCUUCUUGGAUCAUAAUUUUAUAAGCGUACUCCCUCUCCCUUAUCUCUUUCGAGAUGAGCAGAGCAGAGCGCUAAAACGGCCCCCGUUUUUGCGGAGCUACACGUAUAUUGUAGAAGCGGCCCGCCGGGUUUGGUGUCCGAUUGGGAAUUUGGGAAUUUGUUUUGCAUUUUCGCACGAUUUAUUCAUGUUAUGUAUUGCACUUGGCGGAUUUAUUUUCGAUAUGCACUAUUUUUCUGGGCCCUAGGGGUAUAUAGAAUAGAAACUUUAUAUAAUGAAUAUUUUUUAGUUUCGU